AUGGACCGCGUGCUGUGGGCGCUGCUGCUGGUCCUGGGAGUGGCGGUGACGACGGCCGGCGCCUGCCCCAAGUACUGCGCGUGCCAGAACCUCUCCGAGUCCCUGGGCACCCUGUGCCCGGCCAAGGGCCUGCUGUUCGUGCCGCCCGACAUCGACCGCCGCACCGUGGAGCUCCGCCUGGGCGGCAACUACAUCCUGCGCAUCACCCAGCAGGACUUUGCCAACAUGAGCGACCUGGUGGACCUGACGCUCUCGCGCAACACCGUCGGCUACAUCCAGCCCUUCUCCUUCGGCGACCUGGAGACGCUGCGCUCGCUGCACAUGGACAACAACCGGCUGACCGAGCUGGGCCCGGACGACCUGAGGGGGCUGGUCAACCUCCAGCACCUCAUCCUCAACAACAACCAGCUGGGCCGGAUCUCGGACAAGGCCUUCGAGGACCUGGCGCCCUCCCUGGAGGACCUGGACCUGUCCUACAACAACCUGCGCGGGCUCCCGUGGGACACCGUCCGGCAGAUGGUCAACCUGCACCAGCUGAGCCUGGACCACAACCUGCUGGACUACAUCCCCGAGGGCACGUUCGUGGACCUGGAGCGCCUGGCGCGCCUGGACCUGACGUCCAACCGGCUCCAGAAGCUGCCGCCGGACCCCAUCUUCGCGCGGGCCCAGGACCUGGCGCUGUCCACCACGCCGUUCGCGCCGCAGCUCUCGCUCAGCGUCGGCGGCAACCCGCUGCACUGCAACUGCGAGCUGCUCUGGUUCCGCCGGCUGGAGCGCGACGACGACCUGGAGACCUGCGCCUCCCCGCCGGGCCUCAAGGGGCGCUACUUCUGGAACGUGCGCGAGGAGGAGUUCCAGUGCGAGCAGCCGCUCAUCACGCAGCACACGCACCGCAUGCUGGUGCUCGAGGGCCAGACGGCCAGCCUGCGCUGCGAGGCGGUCGGCGACCCGCAGCCCAGCAUCCACUGGAUCGCGCCGGACGAGGUGCUGCUGGGCAACUCCUCGCGCACCCUCGUCUACCCCAACGGCACGCUGGACAUCGCCAUCACCACGUCCAAGGACUACGGCACGUUCACCUGCAUCGCCGCCAACGUGGCCGGCGAGUCCACCGCCACCGUCGAGCUGUCCAUCAUCCAGCUGCCGCACGUCAGCAACGGCACCGGCCCCGCCGUGCAGCCCAAGUCCCGGCUCUCGGACAUCACGGGGACCACCAGGACCAGCAAGGGCGCGCCCAAGCCCCAGCCCGAGCGCGCCGUGUCCGUCUCGGACGUGACCGCCACCUCCGCGCUGGUCCGCUGGACCGUCAGCAAGGCCACUCCCAAGGUGAAGAUGUACCAGCUCCAGUACAACUGCUCUGAUGACGAAGUCCUCAUCUACAGGAUGAUACCCGCCUCCAGCAAGGCCUUCCACGUCACCAACCUGGUGUCGGGCACCAAGUACGACCUGUGCGUGCUGGCGGCCUGGGACGACACGGCCACCACGCUGACCGCCACCAACGUGGUGGGCUGCGUCCAGUUCUUCACGCGCGACGACUACCCGCAGUGCCAGUCGCUGCACAGCCAGCUGCUGGGCGGCACGAUGAUCCUGGUGGUCGGCGGGGUGAUCGUGGCCACGCUGCUCGUCUUCAUCGUCAUCCUGAUGGUGCGCUACAAGGUCGGCGACGGCGGCGGCGGCAACGGCGAGCCGCCGGCCGGCAAGCUGACCAACGUGAGCGACACCUACUCGCAGACCAACGGCGGGCGGCUGGGCCAGAACGGCAUGCCCAUGCCGCCCCUGCUGCGGCCCUCGUCGUCGGUGUCGGCGGGCUCGGCCGGCUCGGCCGUCGUGGCCAAGCCCAAGGUGACCAUGCGCGACGAGGUGGUGGAGUUCAAGUGCGGCUCGCUCCAGAGCAGCCUCACGUCCUCGGACUCGUCCGACUCGGACUCGCUGGACGGAGACGGAGGCGACCGGCGAGGAGGAAGAGGAGGAGGAGGAGGAGGGGACGGCUCCUACAGCCCCAACUCGGCGCUGGCCAGCAUCUGGCGCUCGGCCACCCCGAAGCCCCGCGCCAACCUGGACCAGCUCCUGGGCGCCUUCAACUCGCUGGACCUGCGGAGCCAGGCGGGCGGGGCCUCGGGCGGCUCGGCGGGGGGGCUGGGCCGGGGGCUGGGCCGGGGGCUGACCGGCGCCGCGACCGGCGGCUGCGGACCGUCCACGUCCUCCUCCUCGGCCGCCGCCGCCGUGCCCACCGACAAGGAGCCGCUGCUGGGCCGGACGCUGGACUCGCGGCUGUCGCGGCUGCUCAUGCUGCCGCUGGACUCGCGGCCCAAGCGCAGCCACUCCUUCGACAUGGGCGACUUCGCCGCCUCCACCGGCCAGCAGCUGGCCAGCUACCCGCGCCGCAUCAGCAGCAUCUGGACUAAGCGGAGCCUGUCCGUCAACGGCAUGCUGCUCCAGUGCGACGAGGAGCUGGACACGGGCGGCAGCAAGGGCACCAUAGACAGCGGCUCCGACUGGGUCAUGGAGAGCACUGUGUAAGGACACGCACACGAGAGAGAGAGAGAGAGAGAGAGAGAGAGAGAGAGAGAGAGAUAUCAAAACGACUCAAAAGAGAGAGAAGACAAAGAGAAACAGAGAGAGAGAGAGAGAGAGAGAGAGAGAGAGGGAGAGGGUGGGUGAAUGAGAGACAAUCUUGAGAUUAUAUGUAAGUAAAUAUAUAUGGAUACACUAAAGAUAUAUGGAUUUAGGGAAAGCAAUGCAGACGGACCCCACAGAACACU